AUGGACCAGGAUCCGUCACUUGGACUCCCAUUCAGGACACUCAAUGGAAAAAUAUGUAUUCAACGAGAACUUGAAGUGACUAAUACUAAAGAAUAUAAAGACAUAGUUCAUGAAUUUGACAUAGAAGAAACGUGCGAAUGGAUAAUCAAUAAUAACUAUUCAAAGGUGUGCCUCCAAUUUCCUGAUGACCUUUUACCAGUGAGCGCAAAAAUUUAUGAAGAGAUAAAGAAAAGGAAUGAUGUAGAUCUAUACAUUUUAGGAGAUACUUCAUAUGCCAGUUGUUGUGUAGAUGCUGUUGCUGCCAUGCAUGUACAAGGUGACGCAGUAGUCCAUUAUGGUCGAAGCUGUUUUACAAAAUCAGAGAUACCUGUUUUUACUGUUCUACCCAAGAAAGAACUUAAUCUUCUUAGAGUCAAAAAUAUUUUACUGAAAAAUUUUAAUUCAGAUAAGGAUAUUAAGCUCUGCCUUUUUUAUGAUGCUGAAUUUGAACAUUGUAAAGACGAGUUAGUAAAAUUUUGGUUUCUACAAUAUUGGAAGAGUUACAUAGCAUUUAUUGCAAUAGAUGACAAAAAUAAGAGGUUCUUGGGACGUGUUAUCAAAGACAAACAUGAGGAUGAAUAUUUUGUGGAUGUACUUAAGGACUGCAUUUGUAUUUAUGUUGGGUUAAAUGGCCAGACUGUAUUUAAUUAUACAAUAUCAAUUGAAGCCAAGAAAUGGUUUUUACUUGAUCCAGAAACAAUUAAAAUUGAAAGUAGAGAAGAAAGCAAGUGGUUUAAACGAAGACGAUUCUUAAUUGAAAAAUGUAAAGAUGCUAAUGUUGUUGGAAUUUUGAUAUGCAAACUUGCUGGAGAACAGACUAAGGAUAUUAUCAAAAGGUUAAAGAAACUUUGCCAAUCUAAUGGAAAGAAAAGCUAUAUUAUUUCAGUUGGCAAACCUAAUGUUGCAAAGCUAGCAAACUUCCCAGAAAUUGACAUUUAUGUCAUGGUUGCUUGUCCAGAAAAUGAGCUAUAUAAUAACAGAGAUUUUUAUAAACCAAUUGUAUAUCCAUUUGAACUGGAAGUAGCACUUAAUUCCAACAGAGAACCAUUUUUCACAACUCACAUUACCGACUUGAUGAGCUACUUCCAGGCAAGAGACAUUACUGUGAUAUCAAUGAGGCUAAAGAAUCUACAGAUG